AUGGCUAUAUACCGUGUUACACCAUUCGAAUCUCAGAAAGAACCCGAUGAGUUAUUCAGGAGGGACGGGUUUUUUAUUGCCCCCAAUGCGAGCCAAAAACCAGCGAGGAUGGAUUUAAGCACGUGGACUGAGGUCAACAUCAUGCCAUUUGACAUCUUCGAAACGCUAGGUCUGGAGUUAGAGAAAACUUCAGAUGUUCUUCAGCCACAUCUAGCGAAAGGGGAUGAUUGCAUUAUCAACACAGUUGGUAUAGCCCGAGGCGUUUUGUGGGCCUUCAAGGGGAAGAACCUCGCCUACCAAACUGAUUUUUAUGUGAUCAGAGAGGAGGGGUGGUGCGAUGUCAUAAUCGGUUGGCCAACGAUCCGGAAUUAUGAUAUGAUAGACCAUCCCUUUUUCCGUAGAAGAGACUGCUUGAGGAGACAAGGGAAUGCACCAGAAUGGUUAGAAGAGCUGCGCUCACUCUUUACCGCGCGUGAUCCAUCCAUGCGGCCUGAUAUCAACGAUAAAUAUGGUUCCUUUAAUCUCACUUACAAUGUUAGCACCGUUGCAGCUAAAAAGGACAUACACUUUUAUCGCAUGCUGGUAAGCUUUCAUACAACUGUGAAUAUGAUGUCGGCUAGGGUAUACCGCGAUCUAAAGCUGGAUAAAAAACUGUGUCAGGAUCCACUCAUCCCAGUAUUGGGAUAUGGAGAUUGUACCCCUAUCGGAGUUGCCGAGCUUGAGUGGGGAUUUAAUACAGGAAAAAAGCUCUACCAGGAAACGUUCUAUAUUGUUGAAGGGAUUGAAUAUGAUCUUCUCCUCAAGAUGCCUUCCUCAGCACUAAGCGAGGCUUCAUCAAUUGGUUAG